AUGUCGACUUCAGCACCGAGGAUACAAGCAAUUGCGAUCGUCUCGCCAAAGAGCGGGCCCAUCUACGUCCGCCAGUUCGGCAAAACACCAGCAGAGUCCACCGCAGCAGACCUUCGAUACCACUACUUCGCUCAUGCCGCCUUAGAUGUGAUGGACGAGCGCAGUGGCGCAUCACGCGCCAACGCGGAGCAGUACCUUGGCCUGCUCUACACACUCGAAGACUUGGCCAUCUAUGGCUUCCAGACCUGCACGAAGCUUCGCUUUCUCAUUAUGCUCUCGCUGACGGACUACGCGGUGCGGGACAUCGACAUGCUCACCUUGUUUCGGGCGGUGUAUACCUCCUAUCUCAAGUACUCGGCCAAUCCGUUCCACGCGUUGCCGCCAACGUCUUUUGCGGGCGCAGAAGGAGACACGGAAACAGUGGCGAAAGCGCAAGACGAGCUGCGACAGAGACAGCAGCUCAGUGUUCCUGUCAACUGCAGACAGAUCAAGAGCACAGCUUUUGACGCCCGCAUCGAUCGCAUCGUCUUUGGUGCCGCCGCCUCAGCUCCUCCACCAGCAAGUAAGGACGGUGUGACGUUGGCCAAGUCAGCAGCUGUCACCGCUGGUCGGUGA